AUGCCCCCCACCAAGACCAAAAAGGACAAGUCAAGCAAGACCGAAGUAACCAAGAAAAAAACCGAAAAGAAGGCCAAGCAUAGCGCACCCAAUAGCAAGAAAAAAGCAGGAGGUCCUCCUCUUUGGCAGCAGAUUCUGGACAAUACCCACGCUGUAUGCGUCCAGAGUGGUGAGGACAAAGCACCACGAAAGAAGGUGGCAUCCAUGUGCGGUUUCCCCUCUGAAACUGGCACCUACAAGAACGCCAUUACAACGCUCAAGAAGAAGGAGUAUAUGGUUGUGGACGUGGAGUUUUUUACGCCGACAGUCUUGGGCCGUGAGAAUGCCAAAGAAGUGGAUGUGGCCAAGUCCAAUGGAGAGCAGUUGGAAAUGGCCAAGGAGAAGGUGACGGGAGCCAAGGCCAAGAAGAUGAUGGAUAUUCUUUCGGAUGGCCAAGCCCAUGGCCGCGAAAAGGUGGCCAAGGAACUAGAGAGUGAUCCGACCAAGGCAAGUUGGAAGAACUUUUUGUCCAAGGUGAAGGGUCAAGAUUGUUUGGAGUACUGCGAGGACGACGACGGGAAACCUGCUCUGCGCUUACCAGAUUGGAUCUUCCCGUUUGGACGUCCAUAA